CUGAACUCAGAGCAUGGGUGAGCCGAGGUCCAUGGACAAGAAGGUGGUCCUGAUCACGGGCUGCUCCUCGGGGAUCGGCCUCAGCCUGGCUGUCCGGCUGGCAUCUGACCCCGACAAAAAGUUCAAAGUCUACGCUACGAUGAGGAACUUGGGCAAGAAGGAGCGUCUUUUAGAGAGCGUGAAAGGCCUGCACAAGGACACUUUGGACAUCGUCCAAAUGGACGUGACCGACCAACAGUCCAUUCUAGAUGCGAGGGACAGGGUGGUGGAGAAGCGAGUGGACAUUCUGGUGUGUAAUGCUGGCGUGGGCCUGAUGGGGCCACUGGAGCUGCAGUCCCUGGAUUCAAUGAGGCAGAUUCUGGAGGUCAACCUCUUAGGCACCAUCCAGACCAUCCAGGCCUUCCUACCCGAGAUGAAGGCUCAGGGCCAAGGCCAUAUUCUCGUCACCGGCAGCACUGGAGGGCUUCACGGUCUCCCCUUUAAUGUGGUGUACUGUGCCAGUAAAUUUGCAAUAGAGGGAGCGUGUGAGAGUUUGGCUGUUCUCCUGCAACACUUCAACAUCCAUGUGAGUCUCAUCGAGUGCGGCCCAGUCAACACUGACUUCCUGGUCAACCUGCAGAGGGCGGAGCUUGGUGAUGCAUCUCUCCAGCAGGUGGAUACCCACACCGUCAGCUUGUAUGAAAAAUACCUGCAGCACUGUGGCUCUGUUUUCCAAAACGCAGCACAGGACACUGAGGACAUUGUAAAGGUUUUCCUAGAAGCCAUCCAGUCCCCCAGUCCUGCAUUCAGAUACUUCACCAGCGGCGUGGUUACGCCUCUUACUCAGCUGAAGAUCGCAGAGCCGGACGGCUCGCAGUGCAUCCGUGCUAUGAGCAAACUCAUUUUCACAGCCGAGGAAAACUAA